AAUACAUUUCACAGAUUAAAUAAAAUAUAAUGUAGUUGAAACCGACGACGAAACAAUGCACUGGGUUCUCGUUUUUAUGACUCUAUCAAUGUUUUAUAGCUAUGUUCUGAGCUAUGGAGACCAAGCCUCAGUAGUUAAAUUUAAAUUCAAUCUGGACCCGUAUGGAGAGGCUCCGCUCCAAGAUGGCCGACGGAGACAUCGAGAUAACAAAAAAUCAUUAAGAGUCCGAAACGACUUCCUGUUCAGUCUGAACAAAGACGCUCUCAGGAUCCGGGGGGGGAAUGCCACGGAUACGACCAACUAUCCGUACAUAGCGGCCAUUAUAAUCAACGGCAGGUUAUGGUGCGCCGGCACCAUCGUCGACGUCAACUGGGUACUGACAGCGGCGCAUUGUCUGAAUUACGUGCUUCACGUAGCGCCAAUGAAGACCCUGGGGCAGUACGUGAAGGUCAGGGUCGGCAGCGCCCAGGCUCACGAAGGAGGUUUGCUGGUAGACGUCGCCGGGGCCGUGCGACACCCGAAAUUCGAAGAAGAACCCGUGCCUCAUGCUGAUGUAGCUUUAUUGAAACUAACUGAAAAUCUUGAAUUCUCAACUCACAUCAACCUGAUUAAAAUAAACGAAGAUAUGAGGGAGCCUUACGCGCAGAGUUUCGUGUCUGUAACCGGCUGGGGAGCGACCCGUGGCACAGACACAGCCUUCAGAGAACACACGCCCGACCUGAUGACGGCUCGUCUGAAGGUUCGCACGGUCAACUACUGCAGAGACGCGUACCAACUGGUUAGCGGGUUUCAGUUCACCGCAGACUUCUUCUGCGCUUCGUUGAGAAACGGCACCAGAGACGCGUGUUUGUUCGACGCGGGCGCGCCAGCCACCCAACACAACAAAUUAAUGGGCGUCAUGAGCUUCGGGCCCGAGCGUUGCGGACACGAAUACCAACCAGCGGUGUUCAUUAAGGCUUUUUAUUUCAGGGAUUUCGUGAAGCACACUAUAUCCUCAUAUAAGACUACAGCUGAACUUAUAGAAGCCAUGAAAGAUAUCGACAAAGUUAUCAGACCACCCGUUCAUGUGAAACAGGAACACGUGGUCGUGGAGAAAGAUGAGCAAGAGGUCACGGAACCAGAUUAUAAACACGAUUGAUUUAAUAAAAAUAUAUAAUAG